AUGAAGGAAGAUGGCCAGCAGCGAUCGGGAGAGGAAGACCCGUUGGCAGGGAAAAACACGACAAAAACGAAGGAAGCGAAGGAGAACAAGACCGAGACCAGGAAACAAAACGAGGAAGAAGAAGAAGAAGAGGAGGAGGAGGAAGAAGAGGAAGAGAGAGAGCGAGGAAGGCCGACCGUCGCGCAGUUCAGGAAGAAGAUCUCAAACAAGCCAUCGCAUCGUCAGGCAGCUGGAAAGCGACGAAAAGACCAAAAAGUGGAAAAAAGGAGGAGGCGGACGGGCAAGGGAACCCCAGCCAAUCAGCAUGCAGAAUUGAAAUGA